CCCACAGCAGCUGUAAACAACAGAGUUUCUAAACAGAGGCGCAACAUCGCAAGACUUCCGGGAACGCUUGUAAAACAACAAGCAGACCAGGUCAGGGUUUGGAGAUUGAGAAGUCAAUGAGAGAAGUGAACAAUUCUUCCUUAGUUUUUAAUUUUCUAGAAAUGUAAAGGCACAACCUAGAUUCGAGCAAAUGUCUUAAGUAGUUGAACAUGUUAAUACUCCAAUCUAAUUUUUGUCAAAAAUAUAUUUUAUAUCGACAGAGUGCCUUUGAUUUUCCGGCCUUUACAUGCACAGUUCGACGAGAGACGACCGUUAGACCCGAUAACGUAUUCUGCGCAUGAGUUUAGAUAACCAACAUCGCCUACAAACGUGAUCGGGGAUUUAUAUCGGAGAAGCAGUUUAUGCCUAUCUUCCUACUGUACUCUCUUUGUGUGAACCUUCCGGUAGAUAAAAAAAUAAUAAUACGGCACAAGAACGAAUGGGAGACGACAGACAAUCACAAACAGGAACUGGUUAUUCCUAUCGACAUUUUGAGUAAGCCCAUGAUUAUUUUCACGAGCUGUAUAACGAGUAAUGUUUGUGUAGCUGCACAACACAUUUCAGUUCAUGAAGAUGAGACUUCGGUCUCGAAGUAUUGCUGACCCUUCAUCAGCACGGUUUAACGGUCGGUGGAACUCAAAGAGAGAUGCGCGGAACGUAACUCAAAAGGAUGAAGAGGUACAACAGCUAUACGACCAGUCACUCUACUCUGAUGAUAUCCCCACCUCUACAAAGCGUCCUCUUGUACAAGGGCAUGGGAGGAAAAGGGUGGCAGCCCCAGACUAUGAAGAAAGAGAAGAUCUGGACUUCAAGACCCCCGUUAAUGUGCGCCAUCACCGGGUAUUGUCGGAGCUAAACCCCUCCUUUCCCCUCAAUUCCACUGUGCGAAAUAUCUACUCCCCCGUUGUCCGUUUCCUCACUCCUACCAAGGAAAAUGUGAGAACCCCCAGCAGUGGUGAUGUGAUGAGCCCAGAGCCGUGUGUGUUUGGCUAUGGUUCCAUUAGCCUUCUCGCUGGAGAUGAGGACUGCAAUGACACUUUCAGCCCCUUUGCUUUCAUGAAGAACAUUCCAUCCAAAUGCCAGCAAUCCAAACCCUGCAUAAGAGACAUUCCACCUAAGACGAGGAGUACUCCCCAAGCUACGCUAGUUUUAGAUCUGGAUGAAACACUCAUGUACAGCUCUCUGAAUGUGAUUGAGGAUGCAGAGUACACCUUCCGCACAUGUUUCCAGGACAAUCCGUACAAGGUCUACGUGAUUCUACGACCACAUGUGAAAGAAUUUCUGGAAGCCAUGACAAAACAUUUUGAGAUGUUUGUUUAUACAUCUGCGAAGAAAGAAUAUGCAGAUAAAAUCCUGGACAUCUUGGACCCAAAGAGAAGGCUUUUUCGACACCGUUUGUAUCAACAGAACUGUACCUGUGUUCUGGGGCACUAUGUCAAGGACUUGGGUGUACUUGAGAGGGACCUUGCUAAGACAGUGGUUUUGGACAACGCUCCACACACGUACCCCUACCAUCUGAUGAAUGUGCUUCCCAUCAAAAGCUGGUCUGGAAAUGAUGAUGACAAAGAACUUCAGAAGCUCAUCCCGUGUCUUGAGAGACUGUCAGGAGCAGAUGAUUUCCGGGAAGUACUGAAGAGGAGGACGGACCACUUUCACAGAUUGCUCUCUGAGGAUUGAGAAAAUGCUUCUGAUCAUCCUUAUCCUGGAAUGUGUUUAAUUGUGAACAUGAAUUGGAUCUUUGUGUACUAUCCUUGCCCUUCUGUAUGAUCCCUGAAUGACCAGCAGGUUACUAAUGUAGUAUUUUAAUUUCAAACAUGUACAGUUGAGAUAGGUUUCCACACAAUAUCACUCUGCAGAGCAAAACAUCCCUAAUAGUUAGAAAAAAACAAAACCACUUGAAAUAGCAACUUCAAAUGUUUAUACUUAAUCAUGCUAAUUUAUUGACAGAAAAUAGCUUUUUAAGUGAUCUACAUAUUGUCACUAAAAUAAUCAGAGUAUGUAACACAACAACAGCCAGAGCAGUUUCUGUAACUAACAAACAACUUAAACCACAAUGGUAUUUUUCAGGUUUUAUUUGAUAAAUGUCAUGAUUUAGUUUUCUGUUUGGAUAAUUCUGGGAAUUUUUACACGCAUAUCGUCUCCCUUUGAGUGCCUUUUUUUAGUAGGCCUACACUGCAGAAAUGUCAAGCAUCUACUCCCAACAUAUUACGUUCAUGGUUAGCCUAUUUGAUUGUUUUUUUGUACUAAUCUGUGAAAUGUAUAUUUAUAUGGAAUUCUGACAAUGUAUUGACCUGGAAAUAUUAAUUGUAAGAACUAACUUGUCAAACUUGAACAUAUCCCCAUCCCUCCUUUCAACGGACGGUCUUGCCAAAGCUACUGUGAAAUUCUACUCCGUUUCCCCCCCACAUGCGGUUAGAACCCAAAGACAGCUAUUGUUGGUUUCCCUAUUCUCUUACCUUAAGUUUCAACAUACUUCACAAAUCGGUCGCUCGGGGGUUGGCACAUGGUCACUUUUCUGUCGACACAAAGGUCUGGGUAGGUUAAUUUCAGAAUGUCUUGGAAACCUACAUGCUUGCAAAUAAAAAAUAAAGUUUGAGUAA